AUGGCGGCCCGGGCUGGCGUGCUGGUGUUCCCAGGGCCAGCCCCGCUGUGCCACGCUUUCCAUAUUCUCUUCCACUCUGACCAGUCCCUCUUUUUCUCAAUAGUGUAUGAUAAGCAAUGUAAAAGACUUAGCUAUAUUGAUCAGUAUAAAGACUCAAGACACAGUGUGAAGCAACAUGACCGCUAUGGGCAGCUUGUCCUGGAGAACGCCACGGCAGCAGACACUGGCGAGUACAGCUGCUGGCUCCAGGUAUGCAGUGGCUACGUGUGCAGGAAGGAUGACACCAAGACAGGGACUACCUACAUCUUUUUUACAGAGAAGGGCGAGCUCUUUGUGCCUUCUCCCAGCUACUUUGGUGUGGUCUACCUAAACCCAGACAGAGAAGCCAUCGUUCCUUGCCGUGUGACCGUCCCAUCGGCCAAGGUUACCCUACACAGAGAGUUCCCAGCCAAAGAGAUCCAAAGCAAUGGAAGCAUUACUUAUGACCUCAAGAGGGGUUUUGUCUACUUGCACCCUCAACCUGACCAUCAGGGGGUGGUCUACUGCCGGGCAGAGGCCCACGGGGCCCCCCAGAUUUCCAUCAAGUACCAGCUACUCUAUGUGGAAGUCCCCAGCGGCCCCCCAUCCACCACCAUCGUGGCGUCCUCCGACAGAGUGAAUGGCGGGGAUGACAUCACCGUCCUCUGCACUGUCCUGGGGGAGCCGGACGUGGAGGUGGAGUUCCGCUGGAUCUACCCCGGCCAGAAGGACCAGAGGCCCGUGACGAUCCAGGACACGUGGAGGCUGGUGCGCAGGGGCCUCGGCCACACCACGCGGCUGUCCCAAAGCGCGCUCACGCUCCAGGACUUUGAGACCGUCGAUGCCGGGUACUAUAUGUGCACGGCCCAGAACGUGCGUGGGCAGACCACUGUGGCCACCGCCGUGCGGCUCUCCUGAGCCCGACAGAUGGGCCGCCGUGCCAGGCCCGGCCUUGCAGAGGGAAUGGGCGAAGAUAACAGCUAACCUUGAGAUGGUGCUUUACAAAUAGUGUCUCCUUUGAGCCUCACCACUGUCCUGGGAGGUAGGUGCUAUGAUGACUCCCAUUUUACAGAUGGGGAAACCGAGGCAGAAUCAUCUCAGCUCUGCCAGCUUCUUAGGAUCUGUGCUUAGCCAAAGGCUGCUGCGCCGCACGUAGAUCUCAGACAAAGGCCCCAGCCAGACCAGAAACCACUGGGUACAGGAACAGGGGGUCCCCCCCAUUCCCACGGUUUGAGGGGCUGACUUCCAUGUAUGUGCUGACUAUUGGUCCCAAACGAACACGCCUGGAUGUAUGGAUGCAAACCCACGCACACAUAUCUGUGCACACUGUAUACCCACACACAGAUCCAUGUGUCUCGUUUGAGCAAUGUAAUCCCUAAAUAAAGCAGUUUGUUUAAA